CCCACAGUUUAGCCGAAGAUGGCACUAAUCCUCCUUGCCCUCUUCCAGGGCUCAUUGCUUCACCUCGAGGCGACGACAACAGCGUCGAGGCAGCAUUCCGAAGAGUCCAUCCGGGCAAAUAUUCCCCCCAUGUCACCGUUGAAACCACGGGCGCAGUCCCCGUAAACAUUGAAAUCCUGCGAUGAUCACCAGCCGUUAAAACCUAUGGUUUCGGCAUGGAGGCUGCCAUUCGUGUGUCACGAAACUCUCAACCAGGAACUCCUCAGCGAUUUCUACAUGUUGACGUGACAGGAAAGGUUUUCAGGCUAUGCAACAUUACUAGCCAGAACAAGAAGACAGUCAAAUAUGAUGCGCUCCAUACCUCAACCAAAGUCCCGCCUUUUCGAGCUUUUGAUUGGCAUCCUGUCAAUGAAGAACUCGUGGUCGUAGGGCAGGCGGGCGGAGAAGCUACUCUGCUAAACAUAGCAGGAGGUCAGCAGGACUCUCUGUCAUUUCAGGUCCGCAGUCAGCGACUAUGCAAUGCUGUGGCGUUGAACUCGCAGAAUCUUCUGGCAGCAGGACUUGAUAAAGUACGGACGGACUUCUGUUUGAACAUAUGGGACUUCAGUCAGAAACUUCCUGCACCAGGUGCUAAGGGAUUCACGAAGAGUUACUCCGAUCCUCUCCACAAGCUUGCGAGCGGAGAACCGAUUACCAGUUUGAAAUUCUUUCACGAUGACCCCCAACUGUUAGUUGCUGGCGUCAAGGGACAAUUCGUCAGGCUGUAUGAUCUCAGGGAACCAUCGGUCGGGAAUGGGCUGCAAUUUGCCACACGAUGCGUCCAUAAUUUAGCUAUCGACUGGCUCGACGAAAACUAUUUCGCGUCCUGCUAUCCUACGAACGAUCCGUCGAUAUGUGUGUGGGACAGGAGGAUGAUCAGCAGACUCAACACUCCCCAUAUGAGUUUUGGCUCAGGAUCAAGCUCGGACAAUCGACAACCAGAGCUAUCUAUGGAAAUGAAGAAUGUCAUCGAGAGCCCAGGAACGAUCUGGAGCCUGCGUUUUUCAAAGGCGCAAAGAGGACAUCUUGGUGUUCUCUCAAGCACCGGCAACCUCAAAGUCUACGAUAUUGUGAAAGAUCCCGCGUCGGAGACAAGCCGCAUCGAGCAAGAUGGAGGCCAGGAAGCGUCGUGGGAAAACACACCACCUCAAGAUAUAUUCCUUGACAGAGCUCAAGAGGUUUCAAAGUCGUAUUCGAAUCAGACCACAGCCCAGGACGAAAAAUCCAGGAUAGUGUCCUUCGAUUUCACCACAUCAGCAACGAGACUUGGACAACCCAGGAUAGUCACCCUUGAUGGUCUUGGUGCGAUCAAAUACACUUGUACAAAUCCGCUGCCUGAACCGACUGCACUUACCUCCGUCGGAUAUCUCUGCAAGGGCGAGAAUAUUACCACCCAGUCUGCCUCGGAAGUAGCUGAGCCGGGUCAUCUAAUUGAGGGUUCUCGGCAACGAGCACAACCACGAAAUGAGCUCAAAAUUACGUUCAAGCAGUCUCGUCAGGACGGAAGAGUCCCUGACGUCAAGAAACUGUCCAGCCUGGGAAACCAAGCCUGGCAUGCGGACUUGGGCUACUACGAAGAAGGUGUGCCUCUGACGGAUCUGAUGAAUCUGAUCUCGGCACAAAGGUUACGUUGUCAAGCAGGCUACCUGCUGGACGCAACAAAGAAUAAGGCGAUCGUCUCCGACUCUCAUUGGUUGCAGUCCUUCUGGGCCUGGAUAGAGCGUGCCGCAAAGAUCUCCAGGAACGGCAGCAUGACCCAUGACAACUUCGAUCUAUCCUAUGUCGGUGUACACGGUCUGUGGAUGGAGGAUAUCAAGGCUAAGAACAGAACCCUUGGCCCUAGCUCUAACAAGCUUGGGAAGAUUGUGGAGAACCUUGUGCGUCGCUUGAGUAUACCUCGUAUCAAUGGCGUUGCAACUGAAUACGCUCCCAAUCGACAGCUUUGCCUGUACUCAGCAGGCCUAGCAUGGUCAUACGAAGAACUGGGAACGAUAGUGAAACGCCUCGUGGCACAAAAUCAGCACACGAAAGCCGCAGCUCUUGCAAUGUUUGCGAUGGAACGGAAAUUGGCCUAUAGAGCCCUCCGCAGCAAGAGUGCCAAUCAGUCUCAUAAGAUGCUGGCCAUGGCUAUUGCAGGAGCAUCAAAGGUCACCCGCAAUGGCGAAGCUGGAGCCACAAGCGGCGAUGAUUCGGAUGUGCAAGACGAUUGGGCAGAAACCAUUGCUUCCUUGGCCGAGGAACUGACAGAUCCAUAUGCUCGAGCAAUUCUUGCCUAUGUCAAGACAGGGAACUGGUCUAAUGUGGUUACCGAAGACUCUCUCCCGCUUAAGUAUCGGGUCUGCGUGGCGCUGAGGCAGCUGAAUGACUCGGAGCUGACGAGCUAUAUUUCCCAAGCCACGACCGAAGCCGUGAAAGAAGGGGACAUCGAAGGAGUUGUGCUCACUGGCAUUGCGAGCCGAGAUGCUUUCGAGCUAAUGGCAAGCUACGUGCGGCUUUUCGAUGACUUGCAAACGGCCGUCUUAGCCAUGUCUCCCACAAUUCCACGAUAUCUCAAUGACGAAGAUAUCGUGCGUAGGUUCAGUGCGUGGAAAGAAGCAUACAAACAUGAAAUGAACAGCUGGAAUCUGAGGUUCGACCGAGUCAGAUUCGACAUUGCUUGUCAGAAUGCCGCUGUUGAUCAUAACGGAAGACGACUCAUACCCGUGGCGAAACAGCAAGUACGGCUCGUCUGCAGCUUUUGCGCCCAGAGCAUUGCUCACACAGCAGGCGCCAACGAUGACACUUCUCCCGAUCACAAGGUAGUGGAUACACCACAACAUCCACUCACAAAGGAAAAGGCUGCGGCGAUUGCUACAGUCUGUCCAAAAUGCGGUCGGCAUCUGCCACGGUGCGGUGUCUGUGACCUGUGGCUUGGUAUACCAGAUGAAUCGUACUUGCCAUGGUACGGGUCGCAACAGGCAAGAGACAAUACUAAAAAAGGCAGCAUCGAUCUUAGUGCCAGCAUGGCGGGCAGCAUACAUACCACGAUCGGUCCAGGCACAACCACUCGGCCAUCAAAUGGGACGGGAGUGUCUCAGCAGAAGUCUCCGUCGCGGUCUCAGGACAAUCCCGUAAAUGCAUCUGAAGAUGUCGUCAACGGCCAUACAGGGGUGCCGAGUAUAACAGUAAACCAGCCGUCAACUCCUGCACUGGAGCCUGAGAGCGGCAGCACAAAUGUCGAAGAGGCUGAAAGAUGGGACACAGCAAUGUCCAAGUUUACAGUGCUUUGCUUGAAAUGCUCUCAUGGGUGCCACGCCGCGCACGCCAGGAUGUGGUUUGAGAAGCAUUCUGUCUGCCCUGUGCCGGAGUGUCGAUGCCUAUGUAAUUGAAUUAAAUUCUACUUCCGUGCAAAGCGCCCCUCGACUUGUUGUACAUGAGUCCCGGGAGCUGGUUGAUCGUGGUCGCCGACAGGUGCUGCACUACCAGGUACCGAGGCUCCCCCUAAGUACGAGGAAUGUUUACCGCGGAUUUGACCUGCACCUA